AUGCAAGUCCUUCUUCUCGGUGGCCACGGUAAAGUCGCCCUAUACCUUACCCCACUUCUCCUCAACCGCGCGUGGAACGUCACCAGCGUCGUACGCAACCCCGACCACGAGAGCGAGAUCCUAGAGCUCGGUAAAGGCCGGAAAGGCAAGCUCAAUGUAUUGAUCUCUAGUCUGGAUGACAUCAAAAGCGACAAUGAUGCCCAGAAAAUCCUCGAAGCGACCAAACCCGACUACGUAGUCUGGUCAGCCGGAGCCGGCGGUAAAGGCGGUCCAGCGCGCACAAUAGCCAUCGAUCAAGAAGCCGCAAAACACUUCAUUGGCGCCGCUUUCGCCUCAACAAGCAUCUCCAAAUUCCUAAUGGUUUCCUGGAUAGGUAGUCGUCACAAACAACCAACUUGGAUGUCUGACGAUGCCUGGGAAAGUAUCAUGGUCACCAAGACUGAGACGCUACCCACUUACGCAGCUGCCAAGCUUGAAGCCGACGAGUACAUGACCGCUCUAGCGGCGAAGCGUAAGAAGGAGUCUCGCCCAUUCCAGGCUAUUAACCUGCGACCUGGUAUGUUGAAGGAUGCACCUGCGACGAGGAAGGUCGAGCUGGGUAUCACUGGCCAGGCGAGGGGCAGUGUGACGAGGGAGGAUGUAGCUAUUGUUGCAGAUCAGUUGCUUGCGCGGGCUGAUGUUGAGGGAUGGAUUGAUCUUGUUAAUGGAGAUGUGGAUGUUGAGGAGGCUGUUGAGAGGGUUGCGAAUGAGAAGAUUGAUGCUGUUCAGGGUGAGGAUGUUGAUGGAAUGGUGAAGAGGUUUUUCCCUUGA